AUGUCCCAAAUUGAUUUAUUGGAAUUUGAAUAUCAACAAGAUUAUUUAAUUUAUUCAAAUACUUCUAAUUGGGAUAGUAAUUCAAUUAACAAACCAAGUAUUCAUACAAAUAUAAGUAACACUUUAUCAUUAUCAAACGAAAUACUAUUUGUUGAAGCUAAAGAUACUAUCACGGGUACGAUGGUUAAUCCAAUGUCUAAAUCAAAUUCAAGUAAUACAAAUAUGAAUACAGCACAUUUAUCAAAAAAUUCAACAAAUUUGAAAAGAAAAGUAGCACCUCCUCCUCCAAUAUUAGUGCAUAAAGAUAUCAAAAAUUUAGAUGAUAGUAGCAGUAUAAUUCCCAAAAGAUCACCAGCUAGACUAUUUGACCGUUUUAAGUUAACAUCACCAUUGAAAAGUACUGAAAAUUUUGCAUCCUCAAUAAUUGCAAAUAGGUCUUUCAUUUCCAAAAUUGAUAAAAGAAAAGACCUACAAGGACAAAAAAUCAAGGCAGAUUCUGAUACCGAUACUUCAUCUAGUAAUAAUAGUGCACCUGAUAAGAGUCUCAAUCAACCGGUACAAUCUCAAAUACAUCAAGGAGAUAUACAAUCUAUGGAAACAAUAACACCUCAUCAGGAACCUACAUCUCCAGUUUCUUCAUAUAAUGAUUCAAGAAGUACAUUUGACAUAGAGGAUGGUGCUGAGGAAGAUUCAGCAUCGUCAAAUGAUGAAUCAAGUAAUCAUAGUUUCCAAUUGAACAAAACACAUAAUAAACCAGUAGAUAAUUCUUCAAUAUUAACAAAUUCUUCAAAAUUAAUUAAAAAGGCAUUAGAAUUUGAAGAUGAAGAAAUGGAUGAGGAUGAAAUUGAAGAAGAAUUAAAUAAAUUAUUUGAUGCUGUAAAUGAUGCUGAAAUAGCUAAAAUUGAUGAUAUAAUUCAAUUCACUGGUCAAUAUAAUUACAAUACUACCUCAAAUAUUUUGGUUAGUAAUUGA